AUGUUGAAGAAACAACUCUUAGCAGCUGGUAACGAUGCAACGAAUGGAUCAAUUGACAUGAUAAUGGUUGCCGAUAUCCGUUCUACUGAUGGAAAGUAUCACCGCGUGGUAUUCGAUCGCUACCGAAAAUUCAUCACAUUCACAAUAAUUGGAGGUGAUGAAAAGAAACAACGAAGCAUGUCGAAAGAUUUAAAUGAAUUAAUUUGUGUCCGGGGCACGCCAAUUAUUAUGAGACGAGGCCUGCCGUAUGAUUUGAAUAAGAAUGCGAAGCAAGUCGAUACUCCAAAUCAUUUGUACUUUUAUUUCGCUGAAAAAAGCAGAAAACUUCAUUGGCGUAUCCGUACAGUUAUCGCUUUAUUUACUACCACCACUGAUAAAAAGUUAUGGUUGGAUGUUUUGGACUCUUCUCUUCAUGAAUUGGAGCAAAGACCAAAAACAUUGUUGAUAUUUGUGAAUCCGUUUGGUGGUAAGGGCAAAGCCAAAAAAAUUUAUUUAAAUCAGGUGGCCAAAAUUUUGGAAAUGGCUGAUAUUCAGUGUGAUGUAGUAAUGACACAACGUGCAAAUCAUGCUUUUGAUUUCCUUAAACAUCUUGAUUCUUCACAAUGGAGAAAGGUUGAUGGUGUUGUUUCGGUGGGUGGUGACGGUCUCUUCAAUGAAUGUCUCUCUGCUAUCGUUUGCAGGACGCAAGAAGAAACAGGAAAAGAUAUAUCUGAUGUUAACAUUGAUGUUUUAAAGACGCCACGAAUGCGUUUUGGUAUAAUUGGUGCUGGUUCUGCAAAUUCCAUUGUUUCUUCCGUUCAUGGCACUAGUGAUUGCCCAACUGCUGCUAUACAUAUCGCGCUCGGUAGUGCAUGUUCGGUAGAUGUGUGCACGGUUCACAGAGGCGAUGAUCUCAUGCGCAUAUCUGCAAAUGCAAUUUCAUAUGGUUGGCUUGGUGAUGUAUUAGCCGAUUCUGAGCGAUACAGAUGGAUGGGACCUUUAAGAUAUCAAUAUUCCGCCUUACGAACAACACUGCGCAAUCCUGCUUAUUUUGGUCGUGUAUCGUUUAGUUUAAUUCCGGAAGCCGCUGAAAAGAAUGACUUAAGUCUUUUGCCGAAAUGCACUAAUCAGUGCUCCAUUUGUGACAAAAGUGUUGAAGCCGAUAAGAACUAUCCAUUUCAUUUACAAACUGAAUUUUGUCAUAUCAUAUGUUGCGUAGUGCCGUGUGUUAGCCCAUUUACGCCGUAUGGACUGGCUCCGUUUACUGGCAUUGGUGAUGGAAGUAUGGAUUUAGCUCUAAUUCCUCGAAUUUCUCGUUGUUCCAAUUUAUCAUUCAUUGGGAAAGUUGCAAUAAAUGGACCUAAAAGUGUUUUAUCGAUGGGCAGUAAGUUAAAUGUUUUCCGAGUUGCUCGGUGGGCAUUUACACCUGCUUCCUUGCUUGAACAUAUGAAUGCUAAUGAAUCCUUCGAUUCAACUAAUGCUCAGGGCUCGUGGAAUUUGGAUGGAGAAAUAUUGCCACAACCGAAAGAUGCUACAUUCCAGUUUAGGUUGCACCCUCGGUUGAUAAAAUAUUUCGGACGUGAAGUAGAUUUGCAUUCUCCAUCAAAGCGCUCUGGUUGCUGCUCACGGGAUUACCGGAAACUGUCGAAUAUUGUUCGAAUACGAUUGAACUAA